AUCUUUUUAGCAGUAUCAGUGUCAAGACAAAAUCUCGCGGAGCCUUGACUUCAUUGUAACUCAAAAUGUUUUGGUGAACCGUCAAUGCCUUCAUGCUAAUGGUUUGGUAGAUCAUCAGUGGUCCCGUGGUAAUGUUUCGAUUGACCAUCAAUAAUGUCAUGCUAAUGGUUUGAUGGACCGUCAAUAUCCCCCAUGCUAAUUAAGCUCCCUCCCUGAAUCAUUUCUCCCAAGGCUCAACAAGAGACUUACGGACUUCCCGCGGAUAUUGACUCCCACUAAGACGCUGGUACGCUUCUUCAUAUACACCCUCUAAAACAUCCUACAUCGCCCUCCAAAAAAAAACUUCCAUUUUCAUCCAAAAACACCCUGCAACUCCUAUCAAAAUACUUUCUAUAUCCCUCGAAAACAUUCUCCAACUCCAUGUAAUAUACCUUUCAUUUCUCUCCAAAACACUAUCUAAUGCCCUCCAAACCACCCUUAAUUUCCCUAAAAAAAGAACCUUCUAUUUCCCUACAAAACACCCUCCAUUUCCAUCCAUUUCCUUUUACUUUCCAUCCACAUAAUUCUUCUUCUACGUAUUUUACCUCCUUCCUCCCCUACACAGAUUUUCCUUCUUCUGCCUCUUCGUUGUCGCCCCCGUACGAAUCUUUCUGUUAUAGGCGCCUUGAAGGUUGGGUGUUGAGGCCGGGAAGAUGUAGCCAGUCACACUCAGGAUUCACCCUCCACCCCCCAUCCCUCUCAGGUGUGCCAGCGGGGGCCGCGAGAGGCGGGAAGGCAGCCAAGGGCGCUGGUGGCGGCUAUGGCGGCAACCAUGGCCUUACCAACUUCUCCGUGCGGGAGAUGACAUGGGAAGACAUCGUGCUAGCCAUGCAGUUGUCAGCUAUGUGCUUUGGAGCUCUGCUGGCGCUGUGUAUCGUCGCCUGCUGCGCCUACAAGAUCUGCGGCCCGGCCGAGGAGAUCGACUACAGCCCGCGAUAUACCGCGAUUAAGGAAAAUCACCCUCGGUUACCUCCGGAGCUGCUACGGGAGAUCUACACUCUACCGACGUCUGCCUCCGGCCACUCGCAGCAGUCCGGCAGGACCCGCAAAUCGGUCACCACCAACACCACGCCGUCCGAACCGACAACUCCGGCCCCCAACCGACCACCAGAGUCGGGGAUGAUGGCCGACUCUGUCAGCAUCUUCUUUGAAGGCGGGCCGCGGGUGACGUCGGUGAACCGCGAGACUCUGGGCGGCGGGAGAAACGCCAUAUUGGGACAUCUGCCAAACGGGAGGCCUCGAGGACCUCCGCUGGUGGAUAUGACCCCAGCGGUGACCCCGGCGCCCCCAAGACGACCCGCUGAGAUGACUCCAGCGCCCCCGAGACGACACGCUGAGAUGACCCCAGCGGUGACCCCAGCGCCGCCGAGACGACCAAUCACCGUCCAGAACACACGAGCAGACGUCUAUAAACCACCUCGGCUCUUAAACUUGAACUGUAUGCUUGACGGAAGGCCGCGGCUGCUGACACUCUCGGCCAUGUCGUCGUCGCGAGUGGCAAAGGAGGUCGCGAAUCACGGGGCAGCGAACAGACUCGCGGAGUACAACCAGCACAGCUCCACUUUGGACCUGGCUAAGGCGGCUGCUGCCUCCAUCCCUUCCCUCUCUCACACACACAGGUCGCUCUCAGAACCCUACACUUCGCUAGUCUAGUGCCCUCCCUCAGCAC